UUUUACGUUAAUGAUUUUACGAUGAUAAUCUAAAUGGACGAAGAGAUAUUAAAAUGUGUGAGCCUUGUACGGAGAAUUUUUUAAACUGUAUUGAUUGCUGUAACUGUUGCAAUGGAUGUUGCCAAGAGACUUGUAAUGUAUUGUGCCGCCCUGGGCUUCAGCGUGAAGAGAAAUUCUCAAAUAUGAUAGUUCCAAAUUUUCUGUACGAUCGUACAAAAUCUAGAGGGAAACAGGAACCAAAUAAUAAAAAUCGAAAGGUUUCAAAGAAUAGUAAAAACAAAGACAAUGAGCAAGGAAGGAAAAUAUGUUCCAAUGAUAAUAGAAAAAAUGUGGAUUGCCAAACACCUGUAGCCUAUGCCAUAUGUCAAGACCCACCUUCUGUUCUUAAUGAAAACCCAAAGAUUUCAAAUAAUGCUAAAUCUAAAGAUAAGGGAUUUAAUAAUGAGAAAGAGAAGGAAAUAUGUGCCAAUGGUAAUGCAAAUAUUGUGGAUGAACAAAGACCUGUAACUAAUCCAAUAUGUCAAGACAUCGCUUUACCUAAUAUUGGAACAUAUCAAAAUUGCACUGCUAACCCGACGACAACUGUAUUCCAAGCGCCCGACGGAUCCACUAUAAGAAUUGAAAAUGUACCAUCAUGCUCUGUUUAUCCUGGAGUGAUAAGCCCAACCAACCAGUUGUCUGGUGUGAAUAUGCAAUAUGGUGCAGCAAAUCAACUCCCACCGCGGCUGUGUGAUAUGCCAGCGGCUGGACUACCCAGCAAGCAGACUGCCAAGUUUGAUCCGUGUACGGGCAGAGAAUUACAGCAAUUACAGCCACAGCCAGGGCAGCAGGGACACUAUUUUCCGUGUGCUGCGCCAAUUGGACAAAUGCCUGGCCUUUUUCCCUGUUUUUAUCCCAAUUUACAGUGUUUUCAGCCUCCCGUAAAUAUCCUUCAAAGUCCAAAGGAAAAAACGACGUUCCCUGCUGCCAGUGCUCCAUCUAAAGAAUAUCCAGAAAAAUCAGCGUACUGUGAUGCCGGUGCCCCACCGCAAGAAUAUCCGCGACAAACGCCGGGCAGUUCUGGUUGUGCUCCUCCAUCGCAAAAAUGUCCAGGAGGAUCCAAUACCAAAGAUAUGAAUAGAGUUGACAAGCCCAGCCCAAAAACUCAAGUGAAAGACAACAAAGAACAUGAUUUUGGGGUUAAAGGUAAACACAAUUGUACAGGUAAAACGAAGAGCAGCACGAACCCUGAAAUUGUUAACUGCUGCAAUGCCACCCCGGAUCUUAUCGAGCGCAUUUGCAAGUCGUUGCAAGUUCCUCGUCCACCGGAUAGCUGCUACCUUUUACUGCCAAUUAACAUGUCUCCAAAGUCCGAUAAGUCGGAGGAAUCAAUACCCAAAAGCAAGCGGCCGAAGAAGACGGCAAGCAAAGACCGGAUCACCACUUCUGACCAGAAUGCCAACAAUGAAGAGAACUCAUCUAAGCCAACUCGCAACUGUGGCUGUAAUACAUUAAUCAGUGGAAACAUUGAGGACAAGUCGCAAGCAGCACAACCAAAAAAGGACGAUGCGAACUGCUGUGCAUCUAGCAGCAAUUCCGGCUGCAACUCCUGCUGCUGUUGCUGGCCACGUUACUCCUACUACUAUAAUCCCUAUACUUGCUGUUAUUGUUGGUAUAAGAAUCGUUGCUGCUGUGGUGGGAACACUUGCUGCAAUAGCUCCUGCAACCACUGCUGCUCCAACUCUUGUCCUACGCCCGCACAAUCAUCGAAUGCAAACUUAGAACCGGAUGCCAGCAAGUCAAAUAAGCAACCCAAAUCAGAGACAACAAGUAAAUCAGCCUCAGAGAAUGAAAAGCGGAUCGCUGGAGGUGCCACAAACUCAUUUGUGCCGGAAAUCCAAGUCCUCUAUGAUAAAUGGAUGGAAUUUAAUGAGCAUGCGUUCAAUGCCAGCCAAUUUCCAACGACAGCUACAAAUUCUGUUCCAUUUUAUAACCAUCCGUCUCAGUUUCCAUUUUAUACAGUGCAGCAGCAGCAGGAUGGCAGAAACUACGGAACGACGUCUCCAAUGCAAAAUAAGCCGCAACAAAAACAAGCAACGGACUUUAACUGGGUGCCACUUUAGUGGUUGUUAUUGAUUAAGUCAAAAUUAUCAAUAAAUUCGAGAGUGCAAAAGAAGUUGAUUAGGAUGGAAAAUGAAAUAAACUAACCAGAGCUAAAAAACUAUUGAUUGUUUC